UACAGAAAUGUUUGAAUCCAGCAAUAUAGCUACUUUCCAUGGACUGGUCAAUAGUUCUAGUUACCACACAUUCCUUUUGGAUGAGGAACGGAGUAGACUCUACGUGGGAGCAAAGGACCACAUAUUUUCUUUCAACCUAGUCAACUUCAAGGAUUUUCAAACGAUUGCUUGGCCUGUGUCGCAUAGUCGGCGGGAUGAAUGCAAGUGGGCUGGAAAAGAUGUUCUGAAAGAGUGUGCUAACUUCAUCAAGGUGCUGAAAACUUACAACCAGACCCAUUUGUACGUCUGUGGAACUGGAGCUUUCCAUCCUAUGUGCACGUACAUUGAGCUUGGGGGCCAUCCUGAGGACAACAUUUUCAAGCUGGAAGAUUCACAUUUUGAAAAUGGCAGAGGAAAAAGCCCUUAUGACCCCAAACUUCUGACAGCUUCUCUUUUAAUAGAUGGCGAGCUCUACUCGGGAACAGCGGCAGACUUCAUGGGGAGAGACUUUGCCAUCUUCCGCACUUUGGGGCACCACCACCCGAUCCGGACUGAGCAGCACGAUUCCCGGUGGCUUAACGAUCCCAGGUUUAUUACUGCUCAUUUGAUCCCUGAAAGUGACAAUCCAGAAGAUGACAAGAUAUAUUUUUUCUUCCGAGAAAAUGCAAUCGAUGGGGAACAUUCUGGAAAAGCCACGCAUGCCAGAAUAGGACAGAUCUGUAAGAAUGACUUUGGAGGACAUAGAAGCCUUGUUAACAAGUGGACAACUUUUUUGAAAGCACGGUUGAUGUGUUCUGUGCCAGGACCUAAUGGCAUUGACACCCAUUUCGACGAACUCCAGGAUGUGUUUCUAAUGAACUCAAAAGAUCCUAAAAACCCAAUAAUCUAUGCAGUCUUUACCACUUCCAGCAAUAUCUUCAAGGGCUCUGCUGUCUGUAUGUACAGCAUGGCCGACGUGAGGCGGGUGUUCCUGGGCCCCUACGCCCACAGAGACGGCCCCAACUACCAGUGGGUCCCUUACCAAGGACGGGUGCCAUACCCUCGGCCAGGAACCUGUCCAAGUAAGACUUUCGGAGGCUUUGACUCAACCAAGGACUUGCCCGAUGAAGUCAUCACGUUUGCAAGAAGCCACCCGGCCAUGUAUAACCCUGUCUUUCCCAUCAACCAUCGGCCCAUUAUGAUCAAGACAGAUUUGGACUAUCAGUUCACACAAAUCGUGGUUGAUCGCGUAGAUGCAGAAGACGGCCAGUACGACGUCCUGUUCAUUGGCACAGAUGUUGGAACUGUUCUGAAAGUGGUCUCCAUCCCAAAGGAAACCUGGCAUGACCUGGAGGAAGUCUUACUGGAAGAGAUCACCGUCUUUCGGGAACCCACGCCUGUUUCAGCCAUGAAGAUUUCCACGAAGCAGCAACAGCUCUACAUCGGCUCGGCAGUCGGAGUCUCCCAGCUUCCUCUGCACCGCUGCGACGUCUACGGGAAAGCCUGUGCAGAGUGCUGCCUGGCCAGGGACCCCUAUUGCGCUUGGGAUGGCGCUUCCUGCUCCCGCUACUUUCCCACGGCCAAGAGGCGCACCAGGAGACAGGACAUCCGGAAUGGAGACCCUCUCACCCACUGCUCAGACCUCCAGCAUCCCGGUGAGUUCGGAUUUGUAAGGUCAACCCACAACGGACACAGCUCACAAGAGAAGAUUAUCUAUGGAGUAGAGAACAGCAGUACUUUCCUGGAGUGCAGCCCAAAAUCCCAACGUGCUUUGGUCUACUGGCAGUUUCAGAAGCCAAAUGAGGAGCGGAAAGAAGAGAUCAAAGCAAGUGACCGCUUGAUCCGGACCGAGCAAGGUCUUCUGCUCCGGAGCUUGCAGCGGAAGGACUCGGGGCUCUACUUCUGCUACGCUGUGGAGCAUGGCUUCAUGCAAACCCUCCUCAAGGUCACCUUGGAGAUCAUAGACACGGAACACCUGGAAGAGCUUCUUCAUAGGGAAGAAGAAGGAGACAGCGCCAAGGUCAAGGAGGCCUCCAACGGCAUGACGCCCAUCCAGAAAGUGUGGUAUAGAGACUUCAUGCAGCUCAUCAACCAUCCCAACCUAAACACAAUGGAUGAAUUCUGUGAGCAGGUGUGGAAACGGGACCGCAAACAACGCCGGCAGAGACCUGCUAAUGCCCAGGUGAACCCAAACAAGUGGAAGCAUCUACAGGAAAAUAAGAAAGGUAGGAACAGAAGGACCCACGAGUUUGAGAGGGCACCACGAAGUGUCUGAGCGACAAUUACCUCCAAAAACAAACCCUUUGAUCCAAGUGAAGCCUUGCAUAACUGGAAAUGAGAUGCAAUACAGACGAACGUUUUCUAUGGCAUUGACGUGGAUGUUUACAAAGAGCUGGGAAGCUUGAAUGAUUUCUGCUUGGUUGAAAAUGGGCCCAGUUUGCUGAAACAUUUCCCAUUGGGCUCGUCUCGUUGACCCCUGACAUUUCUGGAACAUACGCUGACUCCGAAACCAGCGUAUGGUUUUGUGGUUGUGCAGUGAGAUGAACUUGGCAUUUCUCUUUGGACUGAAGUGAAAAGGGCUAUCAUCGGUCAGGCCGCCAUUUUGAAAAGGGAUUAUGUGGAGAGAAAAUGCUCUCUGGGACCUUCCCUUGAACUUGACUGAAGAACUGCAUGGGUUUUGGAAAGCUAAGAGACAGAACCUUCACACUUGGUUGUAUGCAAGACUUAUACACCCUUUUUGUCUUGUUUAUAAAUGUGCUGGAAGAAUGGAAUUAAUACUGUAUGCAAUUAGAGUCACAUGGACCUCAACCAUUCAUUACCUGAAGCCGUGGCAACAGCAGAGGGAUUACUCUGGCCCUACUACUGAUGACUUCCCUAACCUUUGACUUAAAGAUGUAUUUUAUUAAACAACUAUUUAAAUAUACCACAACCAAUAUGCAGUCAAAGAUAGCUCUUUUGGGGGGUGGGGAAUAGAAUAGGCUUUUUGUCUGAUAAUAUUCUGAUAUUCUAAUUGUUGUUUUUUUUUGUUGUUUUUUUAAUUAGGAAAAAAGCUCCAGGUUUACUUUUGCUCAGUUUUAAUUCCCCGUUUAUGAAAUUGAGACAAACAAUAAGCAAACUCAACUAAAUUGCAGGUGAUUUAUAUUAUAAGUACCUUUUAUCUAGUUCCUUAGCAGAGCUAUUCUGACAAGGGUUUUGCCUCGUGGAAUAUUUCUCUUCCCUCAUUUCUCCCAUGUUCAGCCUGUGCUUCUUCGUCUUAUCUUAUGCUUUGAUACAAAGAGAAACCGAUUGAAACAAUGAAGGGAAACUCAAAUGACUUAAGCUGUAUAUUUUCUUUUUUAAAUUUUUUGAAAGACUGUGAAUAGCAUUAAAAUAUUUCUUCUGCUCAUGAUCUUGUUAUAUGGAUGGGAAAAAUAGAACACCGUCGGAUGAAAAAUCCUUGAUUUGUUGACAGAUUAUAGCGGUGGCUUUCAGUUGGUCUAGAGAAGCAAAAUAUCCCUCAAGUUAAUAAAGCACCAGACUUGCUUGCCCACACUACGAAGCAGGCAAUAUUGUGUCAUAUUUGCGAUAAGACACAAAUCCAAGUUAAUGCGUGAAAAUUUGAUCUGAAAUAAUCAUUGCAAACGGGACACAUCCUAUGUCUUGGGAUGUGACACGGGGUCAAAGGUGAAUUCCCUGAAGAUUAAAAAUCUGUAAACCACUGAGUUAGCAAAACUAGGAUCCUGUCCAAGCUACCCUAAGAAAGGUAAAACAUGAUGAACAUCCCAUAUGUCAUAUCUACCCUAAUGUGCAGUGUGUAAUGCACUGACCUGUAGUGAAUUAAAAUUAGAAACUGCACUAUUGCAUUGAUGGAUGCAAGGUUUCUCCUCUCUAUAAUUACUAUCAAUUCAUCAUGACUAAUAAAAAUUCCACUGAUUUCAGUAGAUCUAUCCAAAUUUUGCUCAUUUUGAACCAAACCCAGUAUACUCUUUUUUCCUUGGGCAUCUCUUUUGGAUCUUCCAAAAAUAGUGUUCCCAGAAUCUCAUACAUUUUGAAUACAGGAAGCAUCUGUAUUAAUGCUUGAACUUGCAAACCUGUUUGGAUUAUUUAAAGUGUACUGAGAAUUUCAAAAGUUAUUAAGAUUUUGCUCUGCACUUCUCAUGAUAACAAAUAACUUCUAUCAGCAGUUUUUGAACAGGAGGGCUAACUCUACAAAUCUUGAUGUAUCUUCCAGUAAUGAGCUUUUUAAAAAAAUGACAAAAUGCACCAUAUUUUUUAUUCUUCAGCAGGCAUUUUA